AAAUCAUUUAAUAAUUCGGUAUGUGACAGCAAGCUUCAAAAACAAAAUAACAAUGACUGAAAUAUUAUGCAACUGGUUGAAUAAUGAUGUGAAACUUUCAAAAAAGAUUGACAAAAGCAACAUCGCUCGAGACUUCUCGACUGGGUAUUUGUUUGGUGAAAUCUUCAAUCAUUUUCUUCUUCAAGAUGAUUUUGGAUCAUUUUCUGCGGGGCAGUCAUCGAACGCAAAGCUUAAUAACUUCAUACAGCUGGAACCAACGUUUAACUUGUUGGAGAUCCCAUUCGAUGCCAAUAUUGCUUAUGAUGUUAUGACACAAAAGUAUGGGGUCGCUACAAGACUUCUUUAUCAAAUGUUUAUUAGUUUGCAAAGAAAAGAGAAAAAUAAUCUAACUGGUGCUGCGAUGCAAACAAUGCGACCAUCAGCUCCUGUUAAAUUGGAAAUGAUUGAAAGUGGAUUAUAUAAAGAACGACUCAAAACACUUAUUCCGAGAGAAAGCGAUUUGACUUUGCAUCAAGUAUCAUCUAAAUUCGAACGGAAAAGAGAUGAAAAUGAGAAGAGAGCAAUUGCUCAAAAAUAUAAGCAACACAUGGAGUAUGAAGCUAUUAAACAAGAGCAACGUAAAAUGGCUUUGGAAAAAUCACGACUAUCUCGAUUGCAACAAACUGAGCUGUUAGCAAAAAUACAAGCAGCUACAGUUCAUAUUCCUAAGCCACCUCCUUCCAAAACACUACAAGCAAUAAAACACCGACAAGAAGUAAGAAGAAAAAGAGAAGCUGAGUCAACACACUUUUCUAUCAGAAGCUUUGAAGACAACCUAAAAAAGUUGGUUGCUCCUGCUGCAGCAGCGCAAUCUGGUGAUGCAAUUGAUGAAGAGAUUGUAGGAGGAUCUGGUGGAUUCGAAUAUCUUGAUAGAAUCAAGACUCGGCUUUCUGAAGAACGUUCGGCAAGAGAAGAACGUGCAAAACGGCGACGAAAAGUUCUUGUGGAUCAAAUGAAAGCCCAUCAUGCACAAGAGGAAGCGCAUAGGCAGGAGCAAAUUGUUCAAAGGCUCAUGCGCCAGUCACAAAUGGAACGACGUGUUGCUGUGCAGUUAAUGCAAGUACGUUCAGAGAAAGAUAACAUCAGGAAAAAUCGAAUUUUCCGAGAAAAGCAGUAUGAGGAAAGAAGAUUAAAAGAUUUUCAAGAUGCUUUAGAUUUGGAGGCAAAACUGGCCAAACUUGCUAGAGAGGAAUAUGAGGAAAAUGCUGCACAAGAGAAAGAAUUGCAUAAUAGAAACAUGGCAAGGAAAAGACAAGAGCGUUAUAAAAAACAUUAUGAUGUCUGUAAGAACAUUUUGUUUGGUAUAAUUGAUUUUUCAAGUAAAAUCAUAGAGUAUCGAGACCUGACAGAGAAGAAAGUCCCGGAAAAGUUGGUUAGAGAAUGGAAAGAGCUUUUUCUUGAAGGACAACCAAUAUAUGAAGAACAAGAAGAUACUAGAGAUGCUGAAGUUCAAGCCAGGAGAGAGGAAAUUCUCAAUUCACAAGAUUUUGCUGAGUAUAAAAACAUGCUUGGAGAAUGGAAACCUGAUGAGGCAGCAGAUUUUCAAAAUCCUCCAGCAAGUAAAAUUCUUGGUCACAUUCUACAUCGAAUGUUUAAUAUGGUCCAUCCACCAGAGGCUCCUCCUCCAGCACCAAAGUUCCCUGACUUUCCCAUUCAAGCUGCGAUUGUGGGAAAAAUGUUUGCUGGAAAAUCAAGUAUUUUGGAGCAACUUGAAAGAACUCAUAACAUUGCCCAUCUCAGUGUUGACAAGCUGUUGUCUUCUGCAAUUGAAGCUUUCCGAGCAAAAGAGCUUGAACCUGUUUCUUUGGAUGCAGUGGAAUCAGUACCAGCUACUGUUAAUGUUGAACCACCAACCCCGCGUACUGGAGAAAAUCGUGGAAGUCUUGAAGUGGAUGAAAAUUUGAAAGAUUCAGGAGUGGAGAAAGAAAACAAAGAGAGAGGAUUAAGUGAAAGGGCAAAGCUGGGUGAAAAAGCUUCAAAAUAUUUAGAAGUUGGAGAAGCAGUUCCAGAUUCUGUACUAGUGGAUGUAAUAGCAAAUGAAAUUCAUAAUAUUCCCGAAGGAAGAGGUUGGAUCUUAGAUGGUUUUCCAACCAAUGUUCAGCAAGCUGUUCUUCUGGAAAAAGCCAUUACUGGAAAUGAUGUUUCACCUGUAGCUGCCCCAAUCAAAAAGAAGUUGUCAAAAACAUCCAGUUUAGUAUCAGACCCAAAACCUACACCACAGGCCAUUAUCGGCACAACUGCUUUAGAUGUUGUCCUGAUAUUAGAUGUAAGUGAUGAAAUGGUACUGAAAAGAGCACUUGGUCGCACUUAUGAAAGAAAGGAAGAUCAAAUGUUCCAUGAAGAAUUUUCUCCUGCACCUUUAGGUUCCAGAACUGGAAUAGGAAAUGCGGAAAAAGUUGUUUCGGUGGAAGAUAAAGCAUUUGACAAAGAUCAAGUUCAACAUCGAAUAAUGACAUUCCAUGAUAACUGGAAAAAAUUAGAAGGAUUUUAUUCAAAGUUAUCGAUGAUACAACAUGUUGAUGGAGAACAAGCCAAAACAUUGACAUAUGAAGAUGCAGAAAAGGCUCUGUUUCAGACCCUAGAAAAAGUAAAAAAUAAGGGUAAAGAAGAACCUCCUAUUGAAAAAGAGGAAAUAGAAGAAGAGCCAAAAGAGGAACCUCCUCCAAAAGCAGAACCACCUGAAGGUUCUCGGGCUUCAUCUCCAACAAGUAAAACAUCUAAAGCACCUAGUCCAUCUGGAUCAAGAAAAGGUAAAUCUCCAAAAGAAAGAGGUAAAAGUGCAGAGAAAGGUGGCAAGUCAAGAAGUAGAUCUGGAUCUCGUAAAGGAUCUGCUAAGAGCAAAAAGUCAAGAUCUAGAACACCAACUCCUACUCCUCAGCCUGAAGAGGUGCAAGGACCACCACCACCAAAACCAGGAGAACCAGACUGGAAUUACGUGGACGAGCUUUUACCAAUGGAAUGUGCACGGAUCGCAGUACCUAUGUGGGAUAAUACCGAGUCGACUUUCAAAAAUACAUGCAUGCAUAUUUUCCAUCAGAUUAGAGUUGAAAGAGAAGGUAUUAUUCGUUAUAUAUAUCAGUCAAGAAGUGAUUUCAGACAGCAUUUACGCCGUCCUGAUCCGAAGCAGGCAUUUGUAGAUGCAUGGCAAAAAGACUUCAACGAGAUCCCUGAUGAUAUUCGUGAAGACGAAGAGACAAAGGCAGAAAUGCAUCAACGACUUUAUGAUUUACGUGAGAGACUCUGGGAUAUCUGUGACACCAAAAAGGAGGAAGCAGAGGCUGAAAGAGCAGAAUUAAUGAGGGAUGGGUGGUUGGAAGAUCAUUUGGGUCUCCUUAUCAACCAAUACUUAUCUUUGAUGCAAACUGAAAUUGAUCGCUUCCAGUCCACAAAUAGAUUGUUGAAAGAUUAUUACACAGGAAUGCAGAAAAAAAUUCCCAAUGAAGAUGCAACAAGUGAUGUAAGACUUCCGUUAGUAGAACUUGAUGUAGACGAGCCUGUAAACCCAACAUCUAGCAAUGAGACAAUGGGAAGUGAUGGACAACCUCCACAAGAAUCUUCUUCAGAGACUAAAAAGAAUAAGAAAGGGAAAGAAGAAGAAGCUGAAGCAGUAAGUGGUGAAGGCCACAUAAAGAUACCACUGAUUCAAAGAGGUGCAACUUUUAGUCUUCAGGCGGAUGAAGGAGGCAAAGGAAAGAAAGGAAAAGGCCCAGAUCCUGGAACCGAUACUCAAUUGGGAGAAGGAGAAUUAGAAGAAAAAACUAUUGUAGAUGGCUACAAUGCUGCAGUCAACUACUUGGCAAAUCUGGUUCAAGCUGAUAUUGCGGCGAAAGAAGCCGAAAUAGAAGAAGAGCGCAGACUCAAAGAAGAGGAAGAGAAGGCAAAAAUGGCUCAAAAUGCUCCUGCUGACAAAAAAGGUGGUGGCAAGAAAAAAAGUGCAAAGGGCAAGAAGGGGGCUAAAAGCAAAUCACCUACUCCAACACCACCUACACCUGUCAAUGAAAUGAGUGAAGAAGACAAAAGGAAACUAGAGAUUGCUUCUAAUAUGAGAGAAGAAUAUAUUGCGUCCUUGAAAGAAGAAGAAAAUAGGAUUAAAUGUAAUUUGAUGUUGAUCAGAUACAGAGCUAUUUUAACUCUUUCUGAACUCAAGGAAGCAAUGUCAACUUCUUAUGCUGAAAUGUUGGAAUGGCUUGGUGCUAGAUAUCUCGCAGAAAUGAAAUCUAUAGAGCAGCUUACAGAUGCCGGACAGCAUGCAAUUGAAGGUGGAAUCAAGCUGAAAUAUCAAGUCUGUCUCAACCAGGAUGAAUUUGUCAUUAAUUUGGAAUUGAGGGUUGCCAGAACACCAAGUCCACCUCCUGUUCCCGCACCUAUUGAGAUACCAAUGCCAGAGACAUUUACAGUUGUACAAUUAACUCAUUUAUUGCAUCAAUUCCGCAAGGUAUCUCCUACUGGCACCAUUGCCAACAAAUCUUUCACUGAAUUGUUAUCAGAUUCUGCACUUUUAACAUAUGGAUUGGAUGCGCUCCCAGAGUCUUGGCUCACUGUUACGUAUACUCAACUGGUAGAAUUGUGUAAUUUAAUUUCACCAGAGUGCGAGUAUGUAGAUUGGAGGAAAUUUUUACUUAUUGUGUCAAAACCAUGGACUGUACCAACCAUUGAAAACCUAUUAUCAGCUCAAUCUGCAUUUCAGAGUGUUGAUGUAGCAGAAAAUGGCUGGAUAACAGAGGAUCAAUACACGCAAGUAAAAACAUGGUUGUGCGACGCUUUUCAAGAUGAGGAAGCAAAUGAGAUGACCUAUCCUAGAAUGAAAAACCUUCAUCAGUUUUUCUUUCUCAUGUUCGCAGAUUGGGAGCAAAGUCCUCCACGACUUGACUAUGUGAACAUGUUGAUGUACUUUGCAAUGGAUCUUGAUGCUGUACAAGGAUAUAUGCGUGCGCUUAGCGUUGCAUCGAAUCAACUCUUCCCUAAAGUGUAUAAGACGGUGAAUCCACCAUCUGCUUCAUCGAAAACUGCAGAAACAGAAGACAGCGUUUCUGAAAAUCUUCCUGUGAGCAACAUCUGUGUCACAUCAGAAGCAGUUCCAAAGCCGCUUAUUUCCGUUCAAGCAUGGUGGCUAGUGAUGCAUCAUGGAUCUUCCAGGUUAUCAGAUUCUCAUCGUUUUUCAAUCACCGAUGAUCCGGAUGAUAAGUUUUCCUUGCAACGACUACAAUCAGUAUACACAUCUCUUGAUGCAGAGAAUUUUGCUCCACAGACGCUCCAACUUCUUCUACAGCAUCCUUUAAUACAGGACGCUAUCCUGUCAACAAAUAGAUACAGACUACCAGAUAUUAGCUCUAUAUUUGAUAAAAGUUCGGUACAAAUCGUUGAUGGUGAAGAUGCUCAAUCUGUACAAGCUAGUAUUGGAUAAUUAACUGAUUUUGUGUUCUAUAUUUUUUCAACAUCAAGCUUUCUCGAUCAACCAAAUAAACAACAAUGGGUGUAUAAUUAACGGUGUAAAAAUCUGCGUUCAUUUUUUUUGUAGUAUUCAUAAAUUUCCAUUACAAUUUUAAUUAAAUUUGUUAUAAAGUCGGUUCACAAUAUAUUUUAACCUGGUUUGUUUCAAUCAGCAUCCAUUUCAGUUUUGUGACCUCAUUUAAUACACCUGUAGGGGCCAACAAACUAUAUAUGGUAUCGAUAAAUUCCCUUUGCAAUUCAAUUUU